CUCGCUUUGCUGCUCAGCUUUGAGCACCGCCAAGAACAUAUCUAUCAAUGACUUGCCACACAAUCUACCAUGAAACUCCUCUCGUGUGCUUGGCACGGUGGCUUCAUUUUUGCUCUCCUGUCAAGCGACCUUGCGUGGGCUAACGACCAGAGCCGCCAAGCUGAGAAGGCUUCUUCCCCGAGUACGCCUGGCCAAUGCGAAGUACGAACCAUCAACUACAUCACACACACACUGCCGUCGCUCUGCUUCAAGAGCUCAUGGACAGACUCGUUACCGACUCCAACUAAGUUGCCUGUUACAGGCGACUCUUAUAACACCACCCAGCAUGUCACGCGACCGCCUGUAGAGGAGCAGGCUCCUCCAUCUGCUACCGAGCAAACGGACACGUUCACGGACACCUCUGCGGGCGAUACCUUCGCGACACCUUUCAUGUCGUUUGAAGACUGGAAGAAGAUGAUGUUGGAGCAAACUGGACAAGAUCCCCAGGACUUACAUCUGCGAAAUUCGAGCGGGCGUCAGAAAGCUGAUAGACCAUCUCCCGAGUUGGAUGAUGUAGGAUUGGGCGAAGAAGGGGAGAUAUCCCUAGUAUUCGACGAUUACGGAGAAGAAGGCCCUAAACCUGGAACUCCCACGGACUCGGCAAAUACGAACAGCGGUGACGAUGUCGACAACACCUUGAUGUCCAAGGACGGAAAAACGCCUAUCCACCGAAGCAAAGACGCUGGAAAAACCUGCAAGGAACGCUUUUCAUACUCGUCGUUCGACGCGGGCGCCACCAUCUUGAAGGCAGGGCCGCAAGCACAAAAUGCGAAAGCCAUCUUAGUUGAAAACAAGGACACUUACAUGCUGCUAGAAUGUGCCGCGCAAAACAAAUAUGUCAUCGUCGAACUUAGCGACGAUAUCCUCAUCGACACCAUUGUCAUCGCCAACUUUGAAUUCUUUUCCAGCAUGGUUCGCCAUUUCCGAGUUAGCGUAAGCGAUCGGUAUCCUGUCAAAAUGGAUAAAUGGAGGGAGGUGGGAAUUUUUGAAGCCGCAAAUUCGCGAGAUAUCCAGGCAUUUCUUGUGGAGAACCCCCAGAUCUGGGCCAAAUAUGUUAGGCUGGAGUUUCUGACUCACUACGGGAAUGAGUACUAUUGUCCGGUUUCUAUACUUCGUGUACACGGCUCGAGGAUGCUUGAUUCUUGGAAAGAUAGCGAGACGAAUCGAGAAGAUGAGGUUCACGAAGAGGAUGAAGAAGAUCUUCCCGUUCCCACUAUUGCUACACAGCCGGUAGCAGCAGGACCCAAUCCACAACCCAGAGACAAGAAUGAGACUCUUCCAGAGCUUGCAAGUACUUGUCUGCCUCGCGUUGACGAAGCCCCUUUCCCUCAAAUCAAGGAAACAUGCGCUGUAUCCCCUAUUGCUGCAGGCGAUGCAAAAUCAGGCGAUCAAAGCUCUGGACAAACUGAUGAAGGGACAAAACGACAAACUAAAGAUGGCGUCGUGGAAUCAGACGCUGCUUCGCAAGACUCUCCAAAAUCAGACGCCACCCAGGCUCGGGACGUAUCUUCCGCACCACCAAUAAAACAGACAGAUCCUUCCAAACCUACCACGGACAAUGCGCAGACUUCGGCAGAGUCUCCAGAUGCCGCCGGUUCGGGUUCUGGGAGCACAAAAAGUCGGACCACAAGCGCCUCCAGCGCCACGCCAACUGUGCAAGGAAGCUUUUACAACUCCAUCACCAAGCGGCUACAGCAAGUAGAGUCAAAUCUCACGCUGUCGCUCAAAUACGUUGAAGACCAGUCGCGAAUAAUGCAGGAUGCCCUACGGCGAACCGAACAGCAGCAGGUAACUAAACUCACACGCUUCCUGGGAGACCUCAACCACACCGUUCUUGCAGAGAUGCGCAAUGUGCGCGAGCAGUACGAGCAGAUAUGGCAAUCCACUGUCCUAGCUCUCGAAAGUCAGCGGGAGCAGUCUGAGCGCGAUAUCGUAGCCCUGAGCACCAGACUCAACCUGCUAGCCGACGAAGUUGUCUUUCAGAAACGAAUGGCCAUUGUACAGGCAAUCCUCCUGCUUUCCUGCUUGUUUCUGGUCAUCUUCUCUAGGGGAGUCCCCAUUCCUUAUCUUGCAGCCCUGCAGGAACAAGCAGGUGGCAUUGCAUAUCCCUCGACGUCGCCGUAUCCCGGUCAAGGAUCUCAUAAUCUUUAUAAAUCCGAUGCUGGCACCACACCAGGCGAACAAACACUACUGGAUAGUGUCCCAGUGGUCAGUGUUUCUUCGUUCGAAGCUGCUCCCAACGUGCCGAGUAAACGAAUACCUCAUUCUUUGUCUGAAACGACAGAGCCCCAUGAGCCAAUCCGUGAAGACGGCGAAAAAGAGUAUCCACGGCGGCAUCCCUUACCAAGCCCGCCAGUUGAAGACAAGUACCAGUAUGUACACUACUUAGACCAAGAGCCAAGGUUUCAUUCGCUACAUCACGCAACUCCAGCCCACCCGAACACGCCCCGAAAACCCCUUCCUUCUCUUCCUGAACAUUUGGUAUCAAGUCAGGACUCUUGAUAAGGCGAUGUUCUCGCAGAGAUACAUGGCUCUUCGGCAUUCUGUUUUGCUUCUUAUUUGAGCAUUUUGUUAGUGUAAUGCGUGUGGGAUAUUAGAUCACGGCCACAUGGCAAUGGUAUGAAGCAUGUUGAAUUAUCAUUGAACGCAGUAUAUGUAUUAAAUUACAGACCAACUUUGUUUUCUGUUUAGCUACGUAUCCUCAUUUUACCUUGUGAAAUUCAUGGCUUAUCAAGCGGUAUAUAGCAAAGUGGGUUGGUCCGUCCGAAGUAAGUGAAAACGAUCAUCGCAAAUAGAAUCAGUAAACUUCAACAACGUCCGCAAAAUCAUGGUGGCUUUUGUUUUUUUGGCCAAAGAUAGUUCAGUUAGAACUUCACUCACUAAGACGUACUGCCGUAGAGAUGCUGUAUGGCGGUCUCGUAGUCGUACUCCUCGAGGGC